UAAAUCAAUACAAACAACAACAAUAACAAAAUUAAAAGUCUGAAAUAAUGAAUAAAUUGGAUUAUCCACGUCGCAAUGGUACACACAAAGUUCGCAUAACGCUGCUGUGUGCUAGAAAUUUGGCGCGCAAGGAUAUAUUUCGCCAACCCGAUCCGUUCGCCAAGGUACAGGUAGAUGGCACCGCUCAGGUGCACUCAACGGAGAUAAGCAAAUCAACGCUCGAUCCCAAAUGGAAUGCACACUACGAUUUGUUUCUGGGUCGCGGCGACGCCAUUACCAUCACUGUUUGGAAUCAGCGCAAGAUACACAAGGGCAGCGGCUUCCUGGGCUGUGUGCGCAUACCCGCCAGCACUAUACAAAGCUUGAAGGGCGCAGGCUUUCAGCGCUUGGAUUUGGGCAAACUGUCGCCAGACGAUGAUGAGCUGGUGCGUGGGCAAAUAAUUAUAUCGCUGCUGUCUAAGGACGGACCCUGCAGCGGCAAUCCGUUGGCCAUAGUGGGACCCAGCGGCGAUGUGCGUGGGCCAGCAGAGGAGGAUGCCUCCGAGGAUGGCCUGCCCGAUGGCUGGGAGGAGCGACGCACAGACAAUGGACGCUGCUAUUAUGUGAAUCAUGCUACAAAAUCAACGCAAUGGGAUCGCCCGCGAGCUACAGCAGCUGGCGUCGCAUCGCCGCGUCAACAUAACGGCAAUGGCAACGAUAGACAAGCGCCGGCGGGUCCAACGCGUUCCACCACCUGCACGAAUCUGUUAAAUGGCCAUGGCCAUAGGCAUGCGCAACGCGAGCAGCCGGACGAGCGCAGGCACUCCACAGAGAUCUUAUCAAGCGUAGGCAAGGAGAACACCAGUCCAGGCACAACAGCAAGCACGCCAGGCAAAAAAUCCAGCAGCAGCGCCAGUCGUGCUAAUCAAGCGGCGCUCGAGCCCAGCACGCCCAACAAUAGCAGCAGCAGCAGCAGCAAUAGCAGCAACACUGCUGCAACUACAACGACGGCGACUGGUCGCCUGCACAACGACAAUCAUGUAAAGACGCCAAAGCAGCAGCAGCAGCAGCAAACAGCAGUCAAUGGACAUGGCGAGCAAAAUUAUGUCAAUGGCAAUGCGCAGUCAGCGCAGCCGCAGCAGCAAACAAACGGUGCAGCCAACUGGACAGCAGAGGAUGCGAACCAAACAACAACAACAGCGACAGCAACAACAACAACGACGACGCCAGCGAGCACGCCGCCCAGGCAAAGUCCAAACACAACGCUGCCCGCAGCAGCAGCAACAGCCACGCCCACAACACCCACAGCAACGCCCACAGCCAAUGGCAAUGUACACAGUCCCAAUGGCAACAGUCAGCAGCAAUCGAGUCGAGCUGAGCGCACGCCAGCAGCAGCAACGGGCACGCCCGUGCAGCGCACGCAGCGCCGCAGCUCGCGACAGCAGACUGAGGAGCUUGCAGCGCGACGGCGCAGCUCACGCGGCACGCGCAACAAUCAGCAGGCAACAGGCACAGCCAAUGGACUGCGCUACAUGUCCGCCGCCUUGGCAGCCGCCAAUCAAGUGGCGCGUCCAUUUCUGGAUCUACCUCCUGGCUAUGAAAUGCGCACGACGCAGCAAGGACAAGUGUACUUCUAUCACAUACCCACAAAUGUGUCCACGUGGCAUGAUCCGCGCAUACCGCGUGACUUUGAUACGCAGCAUCUGACGCUGGAUGCCAUUGGUCCGCUGCCCAGCGGCUGGGAGCAGCGCAAAACUGCAUCGGGGCGCGUCUACUUUGUGGAUCACAACAAUCGCACUACGCAGUUUACAGAUCCGCGUCUAAGUGGCAGCAUAUUGCAAAUGAUACGUCGCGGUGGCAGCGUGCCGCCCACAGCAGCAGUUGCCGCAACGCCAGCAGCAGCAACAGCAGCGCCAACAGCAGCAGCAGCAAAUGCGACGCCUGCAGCAGCAGCAGCAGCUGCGCCAGCCAGCAGCACGCCCAGCAGCGUCAGCACACCACAUCGAGCUACAGCAGCGCCCACGCCGCAUAUUGUUGUGCCUGAUCUGCCGCAGGGAUUGCUCGAGGGCGCCGACUUGCUGCCCAAGUAUCGGCGCGAUUUGGUGGGCAAAAUGAAGGCGCUGCGCUCGGAGCUGCAAACAAUGCAGCCGCAGUCGGGCCACUGUCGACUGGAGGUCUCACGCAGCGAAAUCUUCGAGGAGAGCUACAGACUGAUUAUGAAAAUGCGACCCAAGGACAUGCGCAAGCGUCUCAUGGUCAAAUUCAAGGGCGAGGAGGGCUUGGACUAUGGCGGCGUUGCACGCGAAUGGCUGCACUUGCUCUCGCGUGAAAUGCUCAAUCCGCAGUACGGUCUAUUCCAAUACAGUCGCGAUGAUCACUAUACGCUGCAGAUUAACCCAGACUCUGGUGUGAAUCCUGAUCAUUUGAGCUACUUUCAUUUUGUUGGACGCACGCUGGGCAUAGCAGUGUUCCAUGGGCAUUGCCUGGACGGCGGCUUCACUACGCCGUUUUACAAGCAGCUGCUUAACAAGCCCAUCACACUGGGCGACAUCGAGGGCGUGGACCCAGAGCUGCAUCGCAGUCUUACUUGGAUGCUUGAGAACAACAUAAGCAGCAUCAUCGAGUCCACAUUUAGUGUGGAGAACAAUAGCUUUGGUGCGCUGGUGGUGCAUGAGCUUAAGCCUGGUGGCGCCUCCAUUGCGGUUACAGAGGAGAACAAGCGCGAGUAUGUUAAGCUCUAUGUGAAUUAUCGUUUUAUGCGCGGCAUUGAGCAACAAUUUCUGGCGCUGCAAAAGGGCUUCUGUGAGCUUGUGCCCAGCCUGUUAUUGCGACCUUUUGAUGAGCGCGAACUGGAAUUGGUUAUUGGCGGCAUCUCUAGCAUUGAUGUCAACGACUGGCGCAACAAUACGAGACUGAAGCACUGUACCAACGAAACACAGCAAGUCAUUUGGUUCUGGAAGGUGGUCGAGUCCUAUAGCUCGGAAAUGCGUGCGCGUUUGCUGCAAUUUGUUACUGGCUCUUCGCGCGUGCCGCUGCAAGGAUUUCGUGCGCUGCAAGGCUCUACGGGUGCGGUGGGACCACGACUGUUUACCAUACAUCUAACAGCGGAUGUGUCCACGCAGAAUCUGCCCAAGGCGCACACCUGCUUCAAUCGCAUCGACUUGCCACCCUAUGAUAGUUAUCAACUGCUCUGCGAUAAGCUUACCCAAGCCGUAGAGGAAACCUGUGGCUUUGCUGUGGAAUAGAUACACACACACACACACACACACUAUAUACAUAGUUUAUGUAUAUAUAGUAUAUAUAUGAAAGCGAUUUGAAAUCAAAAUUAUACUUGCAACUCAUUGUUGAUAAUUUGCAAUAUUGUUUAUUCUUUUUGUGCGCUGCGGCUUUUGCAGCUAUAAAAACAAAAACACUUAUACAUUGCAGACUUAUUGCUUACAUAUUUCUUAUACACAUAUAUACAUAUACAUACUUAGUUACCAAGUGCAUAUACAUACGAUACACUCACAAAAUCAUUUAUACAUAUAUAUUAUAUAGAGAUACUUGUAUUUUACUGUCUACCCUCCUUGGCCUUUGUUUGUUUACGUCAUGUUAUAAAUUGU